GCCACACCUGGCCUGAUUUAUCUGCAUUUAAUUCAAACAGUACACGUUUUGACUUGGUAUACUGAAAUCGUUUUCGUGUAUUCAGACUAUUUCAUAGGCUGAUAGUUUACUCUAAAAAUAGAAUACAGCAUCUAACAAAUAUUAGUCCUCAACGGAACAAGUGAGGUUGAAACUCGAUCUAAUGUACCAGGAAACCAUCCCAUGUGAGUGACAUAGUGGCUUUUAAUAGGCUAAAGCUGAACAGUUUCUGAUGACUGCUUGCUCAAAAGCAAGUCAAUCAGUGAGUAAUAGAGUUCAGAAUCUUUAUUCUCUGUUUUGUAUCUGGACUGUGAACAACCCUUAAUAAAGAGUGCAUUCCUUUCUGCCAGAACUGCCCAAUGGAAGACAGCAAGUUUAUCUAGGCUUCUUAUAAAAGUCAACUGAAACCUCCCAAGGGAGAGUCAGACCUCAGAUCGUUGCAUUAGGAGCUGAAAAUUAGAGUGCCAUUGGCUGUUGUUGCCAUGGUAAUCACUGCUGACCCUGCAGGUUUUUCCUCAUGAUAGCCUUCUCAACAGGUUCACUUCUACUGCUAAGGUGUGAGGUGUGUGUCUCUGUUUGCUUGUGGCAAAGUUGUCAUGUUUUACUCUAAAUACAAAGUAAAAAGACAGGAGCCACCAAUGUUGUGCACAUAAUAAAUGUUAAAUGAAGAUUUUUGGGGUUGGAUUGGGUGCAUCAGGUUUGGAAAAAAAAUCAGAGGUGUCAGUCACUAUUCUCAAAAUCUCCGUGAAGCCCCCGUUGUUGGCUGCUGUUUCUCUUGAACAGUUCCAAUUGCUUUUUGGAGUAAUCAGCAAAUGGGUAAGGUUUGCAACUCUCCAAUCCACAAAGUUCUGUAGGUGGCCAGAGAGGGGAAACUGUCCUUCUUUAGAAUCUAUUAUGAGGCCUUUUUGGGGGAGGAACAGCAUGGACUUAACAGGCUUCUGAGUACUCAUUCUAUUAGGUUGUCUGGUUUUGGGGAGUUGGUAGAGUACUAACUCUAGAUUCUCUGAUUUCUAGGAGCUGGUAGAGUACUAACUCUAGGUUCUGUGAUUUCUGGGUACUGGCAGAGUAAUUACUUUAGGUUGUCUGGUUUCUGGGGCCCUUCUUUGGGAUUUUUAUGCCCAUCCAGGUGUGGAAGCUACUCAGUGGUAAUAGUCUUAAAAUCAUCUUAAGAUUUUCCAAUCCUGAGAUUUCCCCAAACCUAAACUGAUAUUAAUAGUCUUGUCAGAUUUUUGCCAUGUGUUCAUUGAAAAAAUAAUCUCCUUCAUGUUAAUGUAUUACUUAUGGAAUUAUUCUUUCCAAGAAGAAAGGAAAUAUAACACCCAAAGUUUUCAAGGUAGUUUAAGCAUUUGUCUUAAGUUUUGUGUUUGCAAAAUACUCUUCAUUUGCCUCUCAUUUAUCCUUACGAGCCUAGCCACACCUGCCCCCAGUGAACAUCUCAAAUUUACUAAGAAAUAAAAAUUGAGUACAGGUGAUUUGCCUUGGAUAUUGCUACCAGGUUGUGUUUUUCCCUAGUAGAGAAGCAGAUGUAUUUAAAACUGCACUUAACACCUGAAAAAUCACUGUCCCGGAAGCUACUAAGUCCUUUGUGAAAUCACAGUGAGGCUGAGGGCUGAACCACUGGUGGUUCUCCUACCCGGGGCUCUGCUUCAUGCAGACAUAAGUGAAUCAGAUGCCAGGGGGUUUCAGUUUACUGUAGGGGGUGUGUAAAAAGACAUAAGAUUAUUUACUUAGGAAGUGUAGUGUGGGGACAUCACCACAGACCAAUAGUAAGAAGGUUGGUCUUGAUGCUGGGCUCUUUUUCUAAUAGUGCGGACUUGAUCACAUCAUUAACCUCUCUUACCUGUAAAAUGAAGACACCUGCCUUUCCUAGGCCACAGGUGGUUGUAUCAAAUGAGGUAAUGUUUAACAUUUUUUGCAGCCUCUGAAGUACUUUGGAAACACACUAUCUCCAUUCUCCGAGGCCUGAUCGUACACUGGCUGGAUAUGGCAUUUUCACAUGUGCUUUUCCUGAGUCUAGGUUGUCAGGUGGAUCUUUCUUAGGCUCCUCAGUUUGAACAAGCUGUCAGAGUGUAUCAAAGAAUACCAGAAAGGAGGAGAAAGAAAAAUAAUAGCUUAAAAAAAAAAAAAAAAAGAGGGAAAAAAAGAGUAGACACUCCCCUCCACCCACUCUCUGGUUCCAUUCAGCACACUGACUUCAUUCAGCAGUUUUUUUCUUGCUCUGUAUGCAAAGACAGAGCCUCUUGUGAGAACUUGGAUGAACAAUGGAGUAUAAACACUCAUUUAAAAAUAAAUCCAGAUGUAGUUGGCUGCAGCCAUCUGACAGAACCCUGAUUCUCUCUUCAAUAAUGCCGUUCAUUUGUACCACAUUAAUUCAGGGUUCUUAAUAAUUUCUCCAGGGUAAGUCUGAAGUUUACUUUGUUUUAUCUAUGAAGAAAGGACCCACAGAGCAAAUGAAUAGUAUAAAUACGUUUGCUAGGACACAUUUAGCCUGCUUGAGAGGAAGGGCCAUUUUCGAAUGCCUUACUUGCAUCUAUUUGCAUCUUAACUAUCUACUGAUUAUGAGUGAUCCUAGUCAUUAAAGCAGUCCUAGGAGGAUUUCUUCUUGGUGAUGUUUUAUUAGCAUUUAAUUUGAACUCUAAUAAAACUCCAUUUUUAAAAACUCACCCAUAUAAUUCAAUAUUGUCACACAUCUUCCUUCCAUCGGUAUAAAUUUGUUGUAAGGCAUUAUUGUAAUUAAUUACAUGCCCCCAAAUCCCUUGCAUAUCAUCUGGUACAAUUACAUCCUUUUGAAAAAGAUUUUCCAUUUUCCUUUAGUUUCUUAAGAUUAAAGUGUCCUGACACAUAAAUGGCAUCACUAAGGCUUGAACUUAGAGAAGAGCUGCCUGUAAGAAACCAACUGGGAAGGAAUGUAAUUAGUUAUUUCCACUAUGACUAGUUCCCAGCCCAAGAUAGAGGCCAACUUCUUCUUAGAUUUCUGUGAUUGCAUAAACUAGACCUUAUUCAUAAAACAACUUCUAUACCAUGCUUCAGAUAUAGUGAAUACUAAGUAUUUAAUGAAUUAAGGCAUGAGUGCACAUCUUUUGGGUUUUCCUUUGUCUUUCAUGUAGACAACUUUUAAUAUCAAGCAGUCUGUAUUAUAAUAGGAACUCUGCAAGAAGAUCGUAUUGAAAGCGGUGUGUUCAACCCAUCCAUCCACUCAUUUUUCAAAUAUUUUGAGGGACACUUAUGGACCAACUAGACCUAAAGGUCAGAGGAAGUCUAUGCCUCUGUACAUCUCACAUUUAGUGUUCAAGCCACUUAAUCUUUAAAACUGAGAUUGAUACAUUCUACAGUCUUUGCCUCUUACUAUACUUUGAGUUGCUAUGUGCCUGGUUCAAAUCCUUUCCCAGUCAUCCUCCUAUGGUUAUUGCUUUAUGCCUAACUAGACCACUAGUUACAACAAAGCAGAUGCUCUGGGCAUAGCUCAUCCCUCUUUAUGUUUGUGUCUAAUUUUUCACUUUGAUGUACUUCUGUCACAUUUUGAAUAUCUGCAGUACUAGGGAUCUACACUUCUAAGUAAAUAGAGUAGCUUUGUACCAAAGGUAACAGCUAAUAUUUUUAUUAUUUAUGUUACAUAUACAUGUUACAUUUUAUUAUUUAUAUUACAUAUGUUUAGCAUAUGUUAGCUGUUAGAAGAGUGCCUAGCAUAGAGCUCUUAGAAGAGUGCCUAGCAUAGAUAGAGCAAACGAUAAAAAGCAUGGAUGCAUGCAUCUAAGAGCAUCUAUGAAAUGAGUAUUUUUAUUAUUCCCAUUUUACAGGUAAGAAAACGGAGUCACACAAGGAUAUAUUUGUGUAACACAAUUUCAAAAAGCAAACUCUUGCUCUUGUUAAUGGUAAGGCCUUUUUGCCAUUCCAUAUUUGUGAACUAUAUUGAUAUAUGAUCUCAUUUGAUCUGAUACAUCCCUCCCUAUUUGCUCACAUGGAAGAAGUGAGACCGAUGAAGGUGAGUCUCUGCUUUCAGCAGCUCUGCAGGUUAAGGACUGUAUAAGCACUUGAACCCAGGACUUCUGAAUCCUGGUCUUGGCCUCUUGCCUCAGAAACAAGCUGCCUUUCUUUUGCUGGUCUGGCCAGUAGAUCUGUACUAAAGAUGCGGACCUCUUAAACUGAAUGGGAGAUUUGGAAUUAUGGGGACUGAAACAGUUAAUGGAGGAGUGUUAUAAUAGAACAUGCUUCAUAGCCAGUCCAUGUAGUCUAGGAUCUAGGGUAUUCCAAAUAAACACCAACUCCUAAUUUAUUUUUUGCUCCUGUGUUGAAUUUAUAUCUAGAAUAUGGUCUUGACAUCUCUAGAGCAAAAAGUCAGGUCUCUCACAAAAGAAUCAGUACUAAUUGGGAAAUAAAUCACAGUUUGCUAUAGCUAAAAGGGAAAAACUCCCACAAAUUUAUCUGUCAUUUUGAUUUGUUCUUUCAUCCUUUUAGUACAUUUUCAGGGUCUCAAAGAAGCUCAUCUAUUUGUGAAGGUGCUCAUGGAAGCAUCUUGUUUUACAUAUGAUGAAAAUGGAGAGAGCACUUCUUUUGACAGGAAACUUCACUUCUUGUUACUGAAAACCGUCACAACAGUCAUUAUGUCUGGCUUUCAGCGAUUUCCUGGAGUUAGGAGAACAAUAGACAGUUAAAAUGGCAAUGUCAACAGCAUUCUGGGGUUUUAUAAUGAGUACCAAGGGAAUUUUUUUCUCUUGAGUUUGUAAGAAAAAAGUAGGAGGAAUAUUUGGGAAGCUGGGGAUAAUGUGGAAAUGAAGGGCAAUGCUCUAUUUUUUUAAUGGAGCGUUCUUUAUAACCUUUGUAAGCUGAAAAAAAAUUUAUACCAUGGUUUCCAUAUUCUUGUUAUUGAGUUGCCAGUGAGGAAGAGACGUUUCUCUUGGGUUGUUCCUCUCUGUAGGUCAGAUCAGCCCCUGAAAAGACACAUUUGCAGCUUUCUGUACUUUUCUUUGAGUAAACAUCAAUUAGAAUUUUUGGAUCCAGGUUUUUAACUCUUGUUAUAUAUGUACAGUGCUUCUGGGGCUUGUGGUUUCUAAUUUAGCAGCAGGAGUUACUUCUCUUUUCACUCUACCUCCAAAAAAAAAGAUGACUCAAGCAUUAGGAAUACAUUUUUUGGCUUAUUGUAUAAUUCAAUGUGUAUUUGGAUUUGUACAAUUUUUAAUCUUAAUUUACGUAGCCCUAAUGUGAUUUCUAAUUUUUAAUUAAGUUUUUGAGGUACUAAUGUCUAACACAUUAAAAGUAUAAACUUCAUAAACAAUUUAUGGGACCUGCUGUUUUCAUGUCUGUAGUUUCUUGCUUUCUGCUAGAGCUGUGGAUGGUUUUAAAGACCCCUGUACUAGUUACGCAGGGAUACCUGAAUGGUAAAAAUAACCUGCUGUCUUUUUUUUUUUUAAAUCUAAUAAUACAAAGGCAAUUAUGAAUUGUUAACAUGUUUUUAAAAUACGAGUUUUUAAAAUACGAACAUUCCUUGUUUUAAAAAUUGGUCAACAUUUUAAGAUGCUAUACAGUAGAAAUAAAAGUCUUCCUUCCUAUUGUUUCAGUCCUAAAUAUCAUUCCUUAAAGGUAACCACUGUUAAAUCUCUGCAAAUUCUACCAGAAAUGACCUAAUGUUCUGUUUGUAUACAAUCACACAUACACAUAUACAUAAAUACCUAUACACAUAUAACACACAUCUAUGCUUAUAUGUGUAUGUAUGGAUAAAUAUAUGGAUUCUGUUGUGGAUAGGUUAGUGAUAUAUCUUAGACAUCUGUUCACAUCAGUAUGUAUAAAUCCAUUUCAUUUUUAAUGGCUAUAUUGUAUUCCAUUGCAUCAGUUUGCCAUAAUUUAGCUUGCCUACUGUUUAUCAACAUUUAGAUUUUUCCAGUUUUAUCUUGUUGCAAACAAUGCUGCAAUAAACAUUCUUGUAUAUAUCUUUUUGCAUUUUUGUCAAUAUAUUUGUAGGAUACAAAGCCAGGGAAUUACUGGUAAAAGAGGGUGUCCAUUUUUAGCAUCACUAAAUAUUGGCAAAUUGUCCUCCAAAAUGGCUGCCCUAAUUUAUACUUCCAUCAACAGUGUAGAAGAAUGUCGUGUUUCUCCACACCCUUGUCAACACUGAAUAUGACAAAAAUUUUAGUUUGUAAAUAUAAUCAGUGAAAAUAGUAUCUUAUUUUAAUUGACAUUCUAUUGCUGCUGUAUUUAAGGUUCAUUUCAGCAAAUGCUUACUGAGCACUUACUGUGUGUCAUCACUGAAAUAGGAAAUGGCAAUCAAAAAUUGUCCUUGUUCUCGAAGGGCCAUGGAAGUGAAUAAGAAGCCUCUUUUUGGAAGAAAUUCAAAGGUUGCAAAGAUAGAAAAAUGGGUCUUUUGCGUCCUACCAGCAGGAAAUAGUUGUCUAAUAAAAGAUAGUGUCCACCCAUGUCAACUUUCAGGUCUGUUGCUGGCCUAAAUUGGCAACUCUCUGCUUCUGCAACAGUGGCCUUGCUUUCAUUUUGGAAGACAGUUGGUGGCAGGUAGGAGUAGAAAUGCCUAUCAAGUAGCUUUAGUUUUUCUCCAGGACCUGACUUGAGUAUCUCACUGGUUGUUUUUGGGAGAAAGCACCUGCUGUUGGCUUCUGUUCUGAAAGGACACAACGCAAGCAUGGAAUCCAUCAGCAGAGCAAGCCAAGAGCUCAAUAAACUAUUUAUUCAUUGUUCAAGCUUCUCCACCUAUAUGGAUUAUUAGAAGAAGUAUUUCAUCUUAGGGUACCCAGAUUAGAUUAUAGACACUUCAAGUAUUUCUUUAGAAUUCACUGAGGGGAAAAAAUAUGGAAAGCAGCAUCAGUCAUUUGGGACCGUGUUGGUUCCUGAUACCAAAAUAACCUAAAUGAAUAAACUACAAUCUGUAAGUUAAAAUAUCUGGUUUCCAGCCUGUUAAAUAAAAACCAGAAGGGUUGAAGUACAUGGCAAAAUGAGAUAAACCUGGUUUUCUGAGUGGAGGCAGCUAUUGAUAAUUUUACUUUUCUUAUAGCUGAAGAAGGAGCUUUGAGGUUCUCUGAGAAUUAAAAUUCCUCUGGAGUUAGCCCAGGGUGGGACCCUGAGAGCUGUCUACUCGUGCCAUUGCCUCAAGCCUGUGGACAUUUUUUCAUCCUGGGGCAAGAAGAGGCUUCAGUUUGCCCAACUGCUGUGUGUGUUCCAGGCCAGUGUCCAAUGAGGCUGACUUGGCAGCUGCCCUUUCCACGGCCAGCCAGCCAGCCAGCCAGCCCCUGAGUGUGUUUUAAAAGAUAAGCGACAAAAAGCCAACCGCUUUUAGAGGGACUGGAACAGGCUAGUAGUUGCUAGGCAAGUUAAAGUAAUUCAGUGUCCUUGCCAAACGUCUGCCAGGCAAAUAGGGAACUUUCAGGGAAGGGGAGUGAGAUGGUGGUGUGUGUUGGUUGCCAUAGGAAUGUUUCCCUGAUUGGAACAAGACCACAGAGUGGGGAGAGCAAGACGGCAGCAUCUACGGUUCUUUCUGCUUGGGAAUGGGAACCCAGAGUGGGCAGUAGAGCGGAGGCAAGCCGUGCAGAGGCAGGAGCAGAUGAGACCCUAGAUGCCAUGUGAAGCUAAACAUGUGGGGAAAAGAAAGAGCAGAUUAACUCAGGACAAUUAUGUGGGGAGCUCUUAUGCUACUCUGAAGAUCUGAGACUUGUUGGAUAAUUUACAAUCCCGAAUUAACUCAGGGAGAAUUCCAACUAGACUCUGAAAUGAAUUAGAUGGAGAUUUAAAAUAGGGCAAUUUAGUGGGAAAAGAUACUUAAUUUGAAGACAGAAUCAUGAAUAAACUGGAGGAUAAGCAGGACCAGAUGAUACCAUGAAGAGAAGUUUACAGGCCCUCUAUUGCCAGCUGUUAAGUUUCCUGCUGAUUUUGGCACUGACCGAAGCGCUGGCAUUUGCCGUCCAGGAACCAUCUCCCAGGGAAUCUCUUCAGGUCCUCCCUUCAGGCACUCCCCCAGGAACCAUGGUGACAGCACCCCACAGCUCUACCAGACGUACUUCUGUGGUGAUGCUGACCCCCAAUCCUGAUGGACCCCCCUCACAGGCUGCAGCUCCCAUGGCAACACCGACACCCCGUGCAGAGGGGCACCCUCCUGCGCACACCAUCUCCAGCAUCGCUGCGACAGUAACCGCCCCCCAUUCUGAAAGCUCCCUGUCCACAAGGCCCGCUCCAGCGGCCACGACAACCACAUCCUCCAACCCAGAGGGCCGCUCUCAAGGCCAGGCUGCCCCCACCAUCCUGCUGACAAAGCCUCCAGGGGCCACCAGCCGCCCCACCACAGCGCCCGCCCGCACUACCACACGCAGGCCCCCCAGGCCCCCCAGGCCCCCAGGCUCUUCCCGAAAAGGGGCUGGUAAUUCAUCACGCCCUGUCCCGCCUGCACCUGGUGGCCACUCCAGGAGUAAAGAAGGACAGCGGGGACGAAAUCCAAGUUCCACACCUCUGGGGCAGAAGCGGCCCCUGGGGAAAAUCUUUCAGAUAUACAAGGGCAACUUCACAGGGUCUGUGGAACCAGACCCCUCUACCCUCACCCCCAGGACCCCGCUCUGGGGCAACUCCUCUUCACCACAGCCCCACACAGUGGCUGCGACCACAGUGCCCAGCAAUACCUCAUGGGCACCCCCUACCACCUCCCUGGGGCCUGCAGAGGACAAGCCAGGCCUUCGCAGAGCAGCCCAGGGGGGUGGUUCUACCUUCACCAGCCAAGGAGGGACACCAGAUGCCACAGCAGCCUCAGGUGCCCUUGUCAGUCCACAACCUGCCCCAGUGCCUUCUCAGCGCCCCCACCGCGGUGACCCACAGGACGGCCCCAGCCAUAGUGACUCUUGGCUUACUGUCACUCCUGGCACCAACAGACCUCUGUCUGCCAGCUCUGGGGUCUUCACGGCUGCCACGGGGCCCACCCCAGCUGCCUUCAAUACCAGUGUCUCAGCCCCUUCCCAGGGGAUUCCUCAGGGAGCAUCCACAACCCCACAAGCUCCAACCCAUCCCCCCAGGGUCUCAGAAAGCACUAUUUCUGGAGCCAAGGAGGAGACUGCGGCCACCCUCACCAUGACCGACAGGGUGCCCAGUCCUCUCUCCACGGUGGUAUCCACAGCCACAGGCAACUUCCUCAACCGCUUGGUCCCCGCCGGGACCUGGAAGCCUGGGACAGCAGGGAACAUCUCCCAUGUGGCCGAGGGGGACAAACCCCAGCACAGAGCCACCAUCUGCCUGAGCAAGAUGGAUAUCGCCUGGGUGAUCCUGGCCAUCAGCGUGCCCAUCUCCUCCUGCUCUGUCCUGCUGACGGUGUGCUGCAUGAAGAGGAAGAAGAAGACCGCCAACCCAGAGAACAACCUGAGCUACUGGAACAACGCCAUCACCAUGGACUACUUCAACAGGCAUGCUGUGGAGCUGCCCAGGGAGAUCCAGUCCCUUGAAACCUCUGAGGACCAGCUCUCAGAGCCCCGCUCCCCAGCCAAUGGCGACUAUAGAGACACUGGGAUGGUUCUUGUUAACCCCUUCUGUCAAGAAACACUGUUUGUGGGAAACGAUCAAGUAUCUGAGAUCUAACUACAGCAGGCAUCGCUUUGCCAUUCCUAUUUUUCGUCUCUAAAUUAUAAAUAUACAAAUAUAUAUAUUAUAAAUAUAACCUUUGUGUAACCCUGACUUAAUGAGAAACAUUUUGAGCUUUUUUUCCUAUGAAUUGUCAACAUCUUUUUUACAAGUGUGGUUUAAAAAAAAAACACUUUACAGAAUGAUCUGUGGCUUUAUAAAAUAAAGGUAUUUCUAAGCAAAGCAGUUGCAUCGAUUGCUUCUCUUAAUAACCAUUCUUGAGCACCUGGGGAUCCCAGGAACCCUGGUCAAGUGAGGUGAGAGACUGACCUCCUGUAGAAGCUGAAUGUUACAGUGGUCAAGCACAUGAUUCUUUGAGUGAUUCUUAAAGCUCUGGUUCCUCUUGAUGUGGUAUGACCCCAUUUCCUCCCUUCUCAUAUGCACACCUAUAAAGGGAACUGGGCCACCUGCGGGGAAGACGGCAGACUCAUGCACAGAGCAGGAAAAGGGAACAUCUCAUCACCUCUGAGGAUGAGUGCCCUGGAGCCUUAUGACGGCACCAUUGGAUGUCAUGUUCAAUUCCAUCCAAGUUACGGACGGCAGGCAGGAGCUUGGAGCCCUCAGGAAUCCAUGGAGGACAUCAAGGCAUCCCAAGGCCGUGUCCCCCUAACGUUACUUCCGCUGCUAACAACAGGACUGCCUUUUCCUGGUGGGAAAAUGCUCCCUUUAUGGCCAUUCCUGUAUCCCCUCCAACACCCACAUCUGCAUUAAACACCCGUGCCUUUCUCUUGGAGAGGAUUGAUCCCGGCCCUGGAGCUUUAAAAUGCUUGCCCUUCUUCAAGGAUCAAAUGUUUAUUGGGGUUCAGCUUUGUUUUCUCAAAACGCCAUGGUAUUGUGCCCCUGAGGAAUACGUUUAUCUAAGAAGCUUUGAGGUAGUCGAGCGAUAAUUUUUGAAACCUUCCUCCUGCAAUCUUUAAAAAAAAAAUAUCCAAGCAAAUCGUUUGGGAGAAGACAUUAUUAUACUCCUACUUGGCACUGCAAACCUGCUCGCAGCACCAGCCGGGGGACUUGCCAUCCAGCUCUCGGCUUCCGCUGCUCCCCUUGUUCCCAGCUGGCUGGCUGCCUCCCCGUGCUGUGUCCAGCACGGCCAACAGGGUCAGACCCUCAGAGAUGCCCAAGGGGCUUCCAGAGGUGGCUGCUUCUCUCUUUUUUCCUGAUUGUGGCUGAGAGAGAUGAUUACUGCUUUGACACUUCCUUUCUCUAAAAGAAAAAUAGUUUGAUAGUAUAUUUUGAAUAUAGAUGCUCUUAUAGUCGGAUUGGGAAUUGAACUUGAAUGUUGGGUCAUAUGUUUGUGUUGUUGCUGUGGUCUAUCAUGACUUUUUUCUUUCUGCAUUUUCCUUAAAAAAAGAAAAAAGAAAAAAAGAUGGCCUUCGAAAGUGUGUUCUCAAUGUUGUAUGAACCUACUUCACAUGAGUUCGGUUGUUGUCUCUCUUCAAAGACUCUUCAGCCCACAAAGAAGCAACUAAAUGUUUCUCUAAGUUAAUUUUCUAGCGUGUUGUUGUCUUACCUUUUUAACCUUACCAUAAUAUUUCUGUUAACUGUUACAUUUAAUAUACCAAUGUGUGUGAGUAUACAGAGAAAAAUCUGUUUGUAAAGUAAAAUUUAUAUAUAAUAUAUGUAAUCAAAGAUACAUAUGUUAUAUAUACAUAUGUGGAUGUAUGAUUUAUUUUUCCUUAUCCACAGAUUUCAGCUACCAUGUAUAUAUAAAUAAACUUAUUUUAUUAGCCAGAGGA